AUGAAACGACUUUCUUAUAGAUUGGAACAAACAAAGAAAGUAAAUGAUUAUGGUCAAAUACAUUUUGCCAAAAAUGAUCGAAAAUCAUGGUAUGUUCGGUUUCCAUUUUUUCUGCCACCAAAAGAUAAAAAAUCUGACAAAUCAAAUGCGCCACAACAAACUAGUUUACAACGUGGUCAAUCAAAUCAGGAAGACUCUGAGGACGACUCGUAUGAAGAACACAUAAAAACAGAAGAUCACGAAAAUGAGAAAGAACGUACAUUAUCACUCAAAUCUGAUCAUAAUGAUGACGGUACGACAGAUCCACAAUCGACUCAGACAAAUAAAAACUCAGCAGCUCAUCAAGUAUGCAAUCUUCCAAAACGUGAAAAAUUGCUUUCUACCAAUAAUAAUGAGGAUGAUGUGGCGGAAAAAAAUACAAUUGUGUUCGAAGCACCAGAAAUUGUUGAUUUUAUGCGUACUGCAUGGAACUUACCGUCGCCUGAAUUAAUUAUAUCGGUAACAGGUGGAGCAAAAUUAUUUGAAAUCAUUUCCCCAAAUGAACAUCAGCAAUUUCAACAAGAUUUGGUACAAGCUGCGACAGCAACAAAUGCUUGGGUAUUCACUGGUGGUACUCAUACAGGCGUAAUGAAAGAAGUGGGUGAUGCAUAUGAUAAAUUCCGUUACAAGAAUACAAAAAAAGCGUCGCAAAUCCCUUACAUUGGUAUUGCUAGCUGGUAUGCAACAACAGAUUAUAAACAACUCAAGCAAAAUCCACCCUUAGAAGAUAAAAAUAAAUCGACACAACUAGCAAUUGAUCAGACACGUUUCAAUAAAAAAAUUAAAAAAAAAGCUGAAGAUCGUGUACGACUUUAUCGAACUCGAAAACCAUCGGACAAAGAAAAACCAGAAACCUAUCCUCUCGAUCAUAAUCACACCCAUUUUCUGCUGUUAGAAGAUGAAUUUGCUUAUCUUAUCCCAAUUGUGCAAAUUCUGGUUCAAGGUGGCCCUUCAUCUAUUCUAACGGUUUGUGAGUCAAUUGGACGAAAAACACCCGUUAUUGUCAUUGAGGGUAGUGGGCGAGCAGCAGAUUUCAUUGCGGAAGAAUACCAAUAUCUAUAUGGUAACGAUGAAAAUCGAUUUCGAAACAAAUACAACAUAGCUAAAGAUAACGAAAAGUUAGCUAAAAAAUACAAACGUUUCAGGAAUUACGUGGUUGGCGGCGACAAAAAGCCAAAACUCGAUGAUGCUAUAAUGAAAGCUCAGUUAAAUGAGGCAUGGUACACAAGUGGUAAAUUCGAUCAAAGAACGCAACUAAGGCUGGCCGUUGCUUGGAACAAAUACGAUCUGGUAACGAAGGAUACUCUGAAAGAUCGGGAUUUGGAUGAUGCUUUGGUAAAUGCACUGCGUCGAUAUUCCGUCAAUUUUGUUGAUAUAUUUAUUGAACGUAAUGCAUCAUUUGAGCGAUUACAACGUCUUUUUAACAUCACUAGUUUUUAUAUAGAUCUGUAUCACAAAGAACGUCAGGAACAACUCCAUCUGCCUGAUGAUUUAUAUAAUAAAAUCUCAUCAUCUGUAUCAUCAAACUCUGGACCACAAUCUGAACAGCACAAACAUACUCAAAAAAAUGAUGGUAUCAUUGGAAAAGAGAUGAAGGAAACUUAUUAUAAAACUUAUCUUGGUAAAAAAUAUGAUCCUUAUAAACCUAAACCCCAAGAGAUAGAUUAUGAUCUUACUCUAGAUGAUGCUUACGGUUUUCUUAAUCAUAAACAUAAAAAAGAUUUCGGUUUUAAUGGGAUGCUCACAUUUUCUUGUAAUGAUGCUAUCCGGCACAACGGUCAUGUUACUAGCAUUUCUAUUAAUUUUUGUGAUUUGCUAAACAUGCCACUCGGAAAUUCACCAUCAAAAGAUCGACCUUCAAUUUUGUUGUAUAUUAUUUCACCAACAAGAGACGAAAACGAAUUUGUUAUUACUCACCAAUAUUCACUGCCGAACGAGAUGAUUACAGAGUUAUUAUCCAGUGAAAGAAAAUCACCAUUUUCUGAUGAAGAUCUUACUGGCAUUCGAACAGUGCAAAUUCAAGAAUCAACUCUUUAUCUUGAAGUUGGUCAGUUCUUAGCAAUUGGCUUCGAUGAAUAUUUUCGUAGACCUUUUCACGUGAAAGGAAGUGAUUCAUAUUAUAUUGAUAUGAAUACAGCUAAUAAUCAGUUGAAAACAGGCGAAGCACAACUAUUUAUUAAACAAUCAAUUUAUUGUGCAGCAUUCAAAUUUACAAUAAAACCAGCAAUAAGUUUUAUACCUGAUCUAUUGUUGUGGUCACUAUUUUCCGAUCGACCGAGUCUGACUACUUGUUUAUGUUCUCAUUCUGAGAACACAAUUGUCGCAACACUCUUAGCGAAUAAAAUCUAUCGAUUUGCUGCUGAAUUAGUGACUGAAGGAGACAAAAUUGAAGAGUAUUUGCAAGAAGCAAAGUAUGAUUUAUUACUUCUUCUAGUAUAA